UGCUCUCUGUCCCCUCUUUCACAGAAAAUGGAGAGACGAGUUGAUGUACUUAUUGGAUCCGUCGGGACUGACGGGGCUCGAACCCGCAACGUCCGCCUUGACAGGGCGGUGCUCUAGCCUAUUGAACUACAAUCCCAGGGAAAUAAGAAGAGAUCUAGCAGAAAAUUUGAAUUCUUUUUUUUAUCUUGUAUCCGGUAAGGUAUUUCUUAAGAACAAGAGAGUUCUACCGUCUGAUAGUAGAUUGGCAAAUUGUUGGGCCGAGCUGGAUUUGAACCAGCGUAGACAUAUUGUCAACGAAUUUACAGUCCGCCCCCAUUAACCACUCGGGCAUCGACCCAACGCCUAAAUUUUUUAGACGUUCCAUAAUAAACUUCCUUUCGUCUACCAGGCAGACUUGAGAAAUACGGCUACGGAUCAUUUGAUAGAAAAUACCACUCCUAUAGUCUUGAGUCUUGGUACACCCCCAGAGGGACUUGAACCCUCGUUUUCUCCGUGAAAGAGAGAGGUCGUAACCACUGGACCAUAGGGGCCUACGGCCGCCUUCAUAAAUCAACUAGAAAUAAAAGGUCCCGAGGGCCGGCCAAAUCAAAAAGCACUAGAAUAUGGGUAAUAAGACAAAUACCAUAGGUAAUAAGAAAAUUGAGAUAAUAUAAAAAUAGAAUAGGAAAAACAUAAUAGGUAAUUAAGACCUAGUAGGGCUACCUUAUUAACUUUAACUUAAUAUAACUCAGGUCAAGAUCCGUCUUUAGUAGAUCCAUAGUAUAUAAAUCAAACGGAAAAACUCCUUAAGUAUUCUGGGGGUUAGUUAAUGGUAAUCAAAUCAAACUUUACCAUUAAACUAUAUAACCUUGAAACUUUAUUUCAUUGGUCUUUCUCAUCUUUAUCUCUCUCAUUCACAAAGGGUUAUGCGUUGGAUUCAUGAUCCUUCACUCUGCAGUAGAUUCAAGAUGGUUUACCAAAAUAGGAUUUGCUCGGUCAAAUUAUAUUGACCCCGAAGUCAUACUGUCAAUUGACAACACGACAGGAGGGUAAUAAAAGAACGGAGAAGACAUAGAUCUAGAUAUAAAAAAAAUAAAUUAGAUAGAUUUAAUAAUAAAUCUAAUAAAUAUUCAUAUCAUAUAGUUUUCUGGUAUUCAAUAUUCAAGUUAGAAUAUCAAUCAAGUAGAUUAGAAUAUCAAUCAUCAAUACCGUUAUAUUAUAUUAAAAAAAAUAAAAUAGAAAAUAAAUAUAAAUCAAAUAAAUAAAUAAUAUUCUAAAAAAAUCCCAAAGCAUAGUAAGCCUAAGUAGGAUAUUCUGUUUCUAAGACUGUUUUAUCAAUUCCGUUCCGCUUGCAUCUCUUAAAAUUAAGUUUAAGUUCAGUAUAAAUUUUUAUUCCACUUAUCUCAUAGAUUCCAGUCAAAGAUUCAUAGAAUCGAAAUUACAUCAUUGCUAGAUCUAUAUAUAGUAUUUGAUGGGCCAGCCAAAAUGGUAUUUCUUUUUUUUUUUUUUUUUGAGAAUUCAAUAUGGAUGAAUAUAAAUAACUGACAAUUUCAAAAUAAUCCGGGAUAGACACAAUGUCCACAAUACCUGGAUUUAAUCAGAUACAAUUCGAAGGAUUUUGUAGGUUCAUUGAUCAGGGUUUGACAGAAGAACUUUCUAAGUUUCCAAAAAUUGAAGAUACAAAUCAAGAAAUUGACUUUGAAUUAUUUUUGGAAAGAUAUCAAUUGGUAGAACCCCUGAUAAAGGAAAGAGACGCUGUGUAUGAAUCACUCACAUAUUCUUCUGAAUUAUAUGUAUCCGCGAGACUCAUUUGGAAAAACGAUAGGCGUAGGUAUAUCCAAGAACAAACAAUUUUGAUAGGAAAGAUCCCUCUAAUGACUUCUCUGGGAGCUUUUAUAGUAAAUGGAAUAUAUAGAAUUGUGAUCAAUCAAAUAUUGCAAAGUCCCGGUAUUUAUUACCAGUCAGAAUUGAACGAUAACGGAAUUUCGGUUUAUACCGGCACCAUAAUAUCCGAUUGGGGAGGAAGAUUAGAAUUAGAGAUUGAUAGAAAAGCAAGGAUAUGGGUUCGUGUGAGUAGGCAACAAAAACUAUCUAUUCUAGUUCUAUUAUCAGCUAUGGGGUUGAAUAUAAGAGAAAUUCUAGAGAAUGUUUGCUAUCCUGAAUUAUUUUUGUCUUUUCUGAAUGAAAAAAAAAAAAUAGGGUCAAAAGAAAAUGCUAUUUUGGAGUUUUAUCAACAAUUUGCUUGUGUAGAGGGAGAUCCGGUAUUUUCUGAAUCCUUAUCUAAGGAUUUACAAAAAAAAUUCUUUCAACAAAGAUGUGAAUUGGGAGGGAUUGGUCGACGAAAUAUGAAUCGGAGACUGAACCUUGAUAUACCCCAGAACAAUACAUUUUUGUUACCGCGAGAUAUAUUGGCAGCCGCGGAUCGUUUGAUCCGAAUAAAAUUUGGAAUGGGUACACUUGACGAUAUGAAUCAUUUGCAAAAUAAACGUAUUCGUUCUGUAGCAGAUCUUUUACAAGAGCA